AUGGUGACUCCAUUAAACACAACCUAUAAUAAUGAAGCCCUGUCCGACUUUUUGGCUGAGGGACCAGUAGUUGUGUUCACUAAGUCCAGUUCCCCUGCAUUCCAGUCAUACGCCGGCGGUAUACUAGACAGCAGUGAGUGCAAUACUGCUGGCCUUCCGGAUCACAGCCUACUUCUGGUGGGAGAGGGUGUCGAAAAUGGGGUCGAAUAUUGGUUGGCUAGAAAUAGUUACGGUGAAGAUUGGGGUGAAAAUGGUUACAUACGACUGACUAAGGGUACAAAUGUGUGCGGGAUCGGUUAUGGAUAUGUACUUGUUCAGUGGGUGACAAAUAAUAAACAUCAAUGA